GGCUACCCUUCAAUCGCCAUCUUCACCGGAUCGAAAAUCAAUCCCCAUCUUCACAUCGCUCUUCCGAUCGCCAUCUCCAAACUCCAAGACAGGACGGUAUUCUUCUCUCCCUACUAGAAAGAGUUGCAGAAGAUGCUUCCCAUCUGGUGUUUGUUCUAAUACGGAGUAUGUCAAACCUGAGUUGCAGAAGAUGGAAAGAAUUGUGUUGAAGGCCAGUGAUUAUCGUGUAGAAAAUCUACAGCGAAUUAUUUUCAACGGGAGAUCCGCUGUGGGUCAAUCCCCACUAUCAUCACUAAAACAAAUUGAAGUCAGUUGAAGGAAAGAAAGGCCGGAUCCGUAAGAGCAGAAGAAAGCGCAGGCCGGAGUAGGAGAAGCAGAAGAUUCCAACUGCUGUUCAUUUAUCCGCUGCCGGCGCUCUCAAUUUAAUUCCUCCCUGGAGUAAGUAAGUCGAAUCUAGGCAUUAGAUUCGCCCAGGUACACAACUCUUUAUCCCUUUGCUUUCGUAGCAUUUUUUAGGGUUGUUUAAUUCCGCUGCAUUAUUUCCGAUUGCCUAAUUCCACUAUAGUUUGUGCUCGUGUGAAAGAACAACGGGAUUGAGUAAGCAAUUUUGCUUACAUAAUAAUCUUGGGUUGUUCGUGCGAUUGCUUCACACACGUGAGCCAAAUUUUGGAAAAUUUAGGCCAAAUUCUUCGUGCUUAUGUGUUGCUGAUUUUUCAGUUUUUUAUUCUCUUUUGUGGGUGUUUUUCUCCUUUGUGGUGAUUUUUUGAUCAUUUUUCUCCUUAGUGGAUAUGUCUACUAUGAAUCAGUAUGCUUUGACUCCAUUUAAUGGAAAAACUGAUUUUAGUAUUUGGAAACAAAAAUUGAAGUGUGUUCUUGUUCAUCAAAAAGUUUAUAGGGCUGUUAGUAAUUCAUAUCUAGAAACAGACGCUAAAGAGAAAAGAGUUGAAAUGAAUGAAAUUGCUUGUUCCAUAAUCUACUUAAACUUAACUGACUGUGUGAUCAGAAAAGUUGGUAUUUUGGAAUGUGCUAAAGAUCUUUGGAAUAAACUUGAUGAACUUUAUACUGAAACUUCUUUUCCAAAUAAGAUUUUCUUGCUUGAAAAAUUUUUCAAGUUUAGAUUGGAUAUGUCUAAGGACAUAGAAGAAAAUCUAGAUGUUUUCACCAAACUGAUUUCUGAUAUUAAAUUAACCGGUGAUAAACAUAUUGAUGACUACACCCCUAUUGCUCUUUUGAAUGCUAUUCUUGAUUCCUACAGUGAUGUUAAAUCUGCAAUUAAAUAUGGUAGGGAUAAUAUUUCUCUUGAUGUUGUUGUGAAUGGUCUCAAGAACUAUGCUUAUUUGAACUCUGUGCUACCGGAUUAUCUAUGUGAAUCUGAUUGACUAGUUGAUUCUGGUUGCACCUUUCAUAUGUCACCAUUUAAAAACCUUUUUUCAAACUAUCAAGAGAUUGAUAAUGAUAUUGUGUCCAUGGCUAAUGAAAAGAAAUGCAAAGUUUUUGGAAUUGGAGAUAUGUGUCUUAAAUUUGACUCUGGAUCUAUUGUGAACUUAAAAAAUGUUAGACAUGUUCCUGAUUUAUCCUAUAAUUUGCUUUCUUGUGCAUCUCUUGAAAAUGAGGGUUUUGAGGGAAAAUGGGGAAAAGGUGUUAUGAAAAUCAUGAAGGGUUCAAUUAUUGUUUUCAAAGCUGAAAAGAAAAAUAAUUUGUAUGUGUGCAAAGCUAAACCUGUUUGUGAGCAUGCUAAUUCUGUGGUUGAUAAUUUUGUUCUAUGGCAUAAACGAAAUGUUGUUUUCAAUGAAAAUAAUUUUCCUUGUUUGUCCUUGCCUAUUCCCAAUGUUGAAAAUGUGGCUCCAAAUGAGGUGGAGCAAUUGCCUGUUAUCAUUCCUACUGAUGUGCAUGUAGAAACUAAUGAACAUGUUGAUUCACACACUAAUGAAGAUGAGACUAUUUCUAAUGAGGUGGAGCAUGAUAGUGUAGAAUCACAUGUUGAAAAUGAUUUGCAUGACUAUCANUGCUAUGAAAUUGAUCUUUUGUUUCUUUUUUGUCUUUGUGACUUUCGUUUUUUUUGAACUCGAUGACCCAAUGGUAGAGUUCGACUCUUCGUGAGUUAUUUUUGGCAUGCUUUGUGAUGUUGCUUAGUCUUCGUGACUUGAGAGUACUUUGUGAACUCUCCACCACUACGUGUGUUAUCAUUUGUUGAUUACACAUUUAGUGGUUAUUAGGCUAUGAUGAGUCCCGCGGUUCCUUGUCUAACUAUGUGCACUACUUUGGGCCAAAGGUGGAGAUUGUUAAUUUAUUUGGGUUGGCCCAAACAUAUUAAUAAUAUUUGACACCCGACCCAGCAGCCCACUUACUCAAACCCAACCUUUAUUCCUAACCUAAUUAAGCUUACCUUAAUUAGCUCCUAAAUUUCUACUAUAAAUUGAGGCUUCCCCUUUGUGUUUCUUCACCGUGCAAAACUCCUUUCUCUCUUUGUGAGACUUCCGUGUGGGUUUCUUUCUUCCUUUGUGAGUUGAUCUCAGUUCUUCUCCGUUUCUUUGUGAGUGGAGUAUGGCGAGAUUGGGUUGGAGUGUUGCUCCUUUUGGUACCCUUGUAGUGCACAAUUACAGACUGAAUUUUUACGGGUGACCUGAGCCUAAUCGGA